AUGCUGCCAAGAGACUCAAUCUACUGCGAGGCCCUCUUCUCGCCACAGGACAUCUACUAUGAGGGGUCCGAGGACGAGGACUAUGACGAUGCGGAGGCGCGGAGGCAGAGAUACGAGGCUGCCGGACAGCAGUUUCUUGCUGGCAGGGUUCCGAUGCUGCUGUCGGCAACCUUGAAAGGCCCCUUCGAAGAGGACUCCGGCUGGGUGAACCCGUGGCGGUCAAAGAAUCGGACUGCUCAUUUGCAACAUCAGCCUGAAUCUCAAUCCGCAGUCUCGCAAUAUGGCCUCAGGCGAGCCACCCCGUCUGCUUCUGCUUCUCCUGCUGCCCGGAGGCAGGCGAUAGAGAUCCUGAAAAAUGCCGAGUGUGCUCUUCCUAGUCCGGAGAGCCUUAAACAGGCACCCUUCACUGAAGCACGUUCGUGUCCCCAAGGCAAAGUCUCUAGUUGGAGAGACGAGGAUAUAUCUCUUUCAUCGAGCAAAGAUGGCUAUGAGUCUUGGGCAGCAAGUUCACCGUCUUCAAGGAAGCUAGGCAAGAGGAAAUCAAAGUCAUCAAUUGUGAUGGAUAGCACAGGGAAACGUCGGAGAGUGGAAUCGUCAGAACGCGAAAUCGAAACUCCCACCUCUGGAAGACGGCGGACUAGAGCAACGAAUGUCGGCGAGCAACACACAAAAGCUUUUCUGCACACUUCGUCGAUAUAUUCGCAUAUUCGGGAGCUUACCUCGAAACUUCCAAGACAGCAACUAUCAAGUGAAGAUGGAGAUUCGCUUGACUCCGACGAUGAUGAAGCUCUUAUUUCUCCUUCAUCAGCUGAUUCACCUUCCACGAAUGUACUAAAUCCAUCCUCGUCCUUAGCGUCUCCAUUUGCUCAGCCGAGCUUGUUAAGAGCACUAUCUCCCGUUUCUCUCUCCUCGGCGCAAACUCCAACGAAACAGAGGGUUCCAGCAACCCAAUCCCCCAGCCGCCCAAGGUCUUCAAGUGGCGUAUCUUUAUCUGACCUCUCGGAUCUAGAAAUGCUAGGCACAGGGGAUGAUAUUGAUGAUGUUAAUGCUCACGGCAACACCCUAGCAACAGAAUCCCACUCACGAGAGGAGGAGCUUCCAUUCUCCGAGCCCCCUGAGGUUAUCGAGGGUGACAAUGCCAGUAAUACUGAUUCAGUUCCGCACGCAGCUCCCCCAACUAGCUCCGACCAUGAGGGACCUACAUCGUCUUCAGAUGAUGCAAGCACAACUCAUAAUGCUCAGAGUGGUUUUAUGGAUGGUCUGGAAGCAAGCUACGAAAUCCCCAAUGGGUUUAUCACUCCCUUCCGUGCUACACCACCUACACGAAUGGUGCAUCCAAUAAUAUACGAUGAUGCUGAAGGAUCUAAUGACUCGUCUCCCGACUCCAGUAUCACAGCUCUAUCAAACGCACAGCAGCUCAUUGCUAGUCAGAGUGAAGCAGCCAAUCUUGCGAGAGACGCAUCCGGCAAUGACAAUCUCACAAAGACAAAUAGCCCCCCUAAAUCAUCUGCUCUACAGUCUUUGAGCCCUCGAAAUGGUAGAAUCAACUCGCGACUUGCUCCCAACAAGAUUGCUCAACCUUAUAAUUCGUCACCAGUCAAGUCAUCAGCAGCUGUAGACAAGGCUCUAUACUUGCAAGAGGAGGAUAGCCAGCAAUCCAAGGAGAAUGUCGAGUCAAUGGAGACAAAGGAGAAUCCACUGCCACAGACUAUGAAGACCAAUCUCCCGAUAUCACGGCCCAAUCUGAGUGAGAUUGCUACCGAUUAUACUUGCAAAGCUGAUUGCUCUAAAGCGGACAAAGCUCAGGAGGAGCUUAUGGCUCGCGAUGCUGUAGCCCCGUCAACUACCUCCCUUGUCAGCCAUCUGCCGAUUGAAGCCGCCUCACCUACAGAGAUGAACACAGCCCAGAGCAAUGUGAUACUCAACACACAGGACUCAGAAGAGCCAAGUCUUGCCCAAGAGGAGGUCUCCGCUAAUUCACAGCCGGCACUUCCCAUGGAAGAGAAUGCAGGUCUAGACAUACCUGAGACUCCCACAACCAGAGACAUGUCAGAAAAGGCAACCAACACGGAGUUAACCGCCGUCUUGGCGGAUGAUCAUACCCAGACACGUCAACAGGAGCAGGAGAAUCAAAUCCUCACACCUACCGAGGCCAGCGAAAGUCUUGUCAUACCACCACAAAGCAUCGAUACACAGCAGCCGUCUAGUGAAGAUUUGCCUCCACCCACCGAACCAGUGUCAAAGAGACAAUCCACGCCAGAGCCGCAGUUUGCCUUUACGUCCUUUUCGUCUUUCAUGUCACCUUCUCCCAGUCACCGCCGCCAGAUACGCUAUUCAUCUGAUAAGACUUACAACGGUGUCGCCUCUACAUCACAUGGUAUCCUCGUAUCCUCCAAGAACAGGGCGUGGAGAGGCACAACGCCAAAGAAGCGAGUUUCCUGGGCUCCCUUACCGCAUGAAGAGACAGACGGCUCUGGCGACAAGGUUUCGUCAGAGACGGACACGUCAUCAUCGUUGUCACGAGGCAGAGACCGAGCAGUUUCACCACCUCCACCGCCCUCUACAAGCCUCGCUUCUGAUUCGCUCACCAACAGAGACAUGAAAUUCGGUGAUCACUUUGCUGCUGUAGCUGAUCGUUCAAAGGGCACACAACCGCAGAGCGUACCAACCGCAUCAGGGCAUGGAUCCUGCAGCCUUAGCCAGCAAGCCCCUGUUACUGCAGUACAAACCGCCAGCCCGACUGGAAUCACAAGCCCCCCUAGAGUGAACCCUCAGAGAGAGGAGAAGGGGGCUGCCAAGGUGGCCAGCAGCGGAUGGGACGACGACAACGAACCCACGGACAUUGUGCAGGACAUAUUCAACGAGAUGGACGACUUUUUGCAGGUCUGGGAUGUCGACGCUGAGCUUGACGAGGCCCGGAAAGCCGAAAAGGCGCAGGCUGCUGCCAGCAAGAAGAAGGUUGAAACUCUUUCCGAGUUCGACAUGGAUAUGGGCAUGGGCAUGGACAUGGACAUGACUGCACUCUUUUGA